AUGACUCGAUUAUCGGCCAAAAAAACUCUUCGCUGGAUCUUUGUCGGUGGGAAAGGAGGUGUGGGCAAGACGACGACAUCAUGCUCUCUUGCAAUCCAGCUCGCCAAAGCCCGCAAAUCAGUGUUGCUUAUCUCCACUGAUCCCGCACACAACCUGAGCGAUGCAUUUGGGCAGAAGUUUGGAAAGGAAGCCCGGCUCGUGAAUGGAUACACAAACCUCAGUGCAAUGGAAAUUGAUCCCAACGGCAGUAUCCAAGAUCUCUUGGCCAGCGGUGAAGGACAGGGCGAUGACCCUAUGUCUGGACUUGGCGUUGGGAGCAUGAUGCAGGAUUUGGCAUUCAGCAUUCCUGGCGUGGAUGAAGCUAUGUCCUUUGCGGAGGUUUUGAAGCAAGUCAAGUCUCUGUCUUAUGAGGUUAUUGUGUUCGAUACUGCCCCGACUGGCCACACCCUACGCUUUCUCCAAUUUCCCACUGUGCUUGAGAAGGCCCUCGCAAAGCUUUCCCAGCUGUCGUCUCAAUUUGGACCGAUGUUGAACUCAAUCCUUGGUUCUCGAGGUGGCCUCCCUGGUGGUCAAAACUUUGAUGAGCUUUUGCAGAAGAUGGAGUCUCUGAGAGAGACGAUUAGCGAGGUUAAUUCGCAGUUCAAGGAUCCUGAUAUGACCACCUUUGUCUGUGUCUGUAUUGCAGAGUUUUUAUCUCUGUACGAGACCGAGCGUAUGAUUCAGGAACUGACCAGUUACAACAUCGAUACCCAUGCCAUCGUAGUCAACCAACUCUUAUUUCCCAAGCAAGAUAGUGAAUGUGACCAGUGCAAUGCACGAAGGAAGAUGCAAAAGAAAUAUCUUGAGCAAAUCGAGGAGCUCUACGAAGAUUUCAACGUUGUCAGGAUGCCGCUGUUGGUUGAAGAAGUCCGAGGAAAGGAGAAGCUGGAGAAAUUCAGCGACAUGCUUAUGCACCCGUAUGUUCCUCCCCAGUGA